CAUAGGUGAAGAAUAAAUAUAAACAUAAACUACGUGGUUGAUAGAAGUUGUGCAACAUUGAAUAGUCUACCUCGUAGACAAAGCACAUUUUUGAUCUGGAACAACAGAGAGAAGGGGGUCGUCUUCAAUACAUGUCCCCAAAGUGCCGGAUCGUGGCUAGUGACGUGAAAUACCCUCGUCGAAAAAUUGAAACCGGUAUGCGUUAGUCCGUCAGCUCUGCGUCUAUACGUUGCAACUGCGAAAGUCACGGAAAGCAAAUGCGAGCUGUCUGACUCUGGACAGAAACUGUUUUGAGACUGCAGCACUAGAAAUCGUUCAAAUGUUAACUUGCGAACAAUUUCUCCAAAUCAGUUUUUUUUUUCGUACCGGAAAACUAUCUGUUUCUGUGCUGCUCGCUGCAACGUAGUCGAGCAAGCCGAAAUAAGAGAGAUGACGCGUAUCAAAUCGAAGUGCGGGAAGCGCUUGAACGUGUCGGCGCAGUUGCUGGCCUUGCCGCUGACCGCGCCGGGGGAAGAUCAUCUGAGUAAGUAUUUUUUCAGACGUCAUGCGAUGUUUUUGUUUUUGAGGAUGCAGUUCCUGGCUAUCUAUGGAAGUGCCGAGUUGAAUGAUUCCAAUGGAGGAAGCGUGCAAUAUUUCGGAAAUACAUUAUACAUGUUCCAAAUAUCAUGAAUGUUACCAAACUGAAAAAAAAUCAGCGUGGUGCGUCAAUGCGUACGAGAACUUGCGUGGUACGCAGAACAU